AUGGUACGGUUUUUGCCACUGGAUCAGGUCCAUCACUGUAGAGUCAACGCUUUGCUUCAACGCUGUAAAAAACUUAUAUUUUUGAGCAAAAUAUUUGGUCGGCUCUGUAAAAUCUUCAAAUAUAUCUUUUGUAGGUAUUGAUUUACCACCAUCUCAUCACGGCAUCGUAUAUAAUCAACCCGGUGCAACAGGGUGGGACAAACCCCACCCCAUACCAAGUGGUACCCGUUCCUCAGACCAUAUCCGAUGGUCCCAAGCCAAUCCACUCGAUUCGAGGCAAGACCUCGCCGUACGGGUUUUUUGUGAAGAUGUGCUAUGAAGAACACAAAAGGAAAUUCCCUCAUGAAAACGUUUUGGUCACUGAGAUCUCGAAGAAAUGCUCGGAGAAGUGGAAAGUAAGAAAAAAAUGAUAAAUUGGACCUCUUACUGUAUAAAUUUUUAUGGAUUGAGCAUCUUCUCUUAAUUUUUUUUUGACCUUAUUUUAUGUGGGCUUUCAAAAAAUUUACGCAAAAAGUAAUCAAAAAAUCUCAGACCAUGAACGAAAUCGAAAAGAAGCGGUUCUUCGACCUGGCCCAAAAAGACGCCGAACGAUAUCACGCAGAGAUCACCGCCUCUGGCGGUUUUCAACAGCUACGAAAGAAGAAACGAGCAAAAAAGGAUCCAAAUGCACCAAAACGAGCGCUUUCCGCAUUUUUCUUCUUUUCGAAUGAACAACGGAACAAAAUUCAGAGUCAGUAUCCCAGCUGGAAGGUGGGACAGAUUGCCCAGGAGCUGGGAAGAGCGUGGAAAGCGUUGAGCGAGGAGGAACGGAUGGUUUAUGAGAAGAAGGCGGUGGAUGACAAGGAAAGGUACAAUAUGGUAAGAGUUGUCGUGAAUUUUGGGCCGGAUGUUGUAAUUUUUUUGGUGUUUUGGAUAUCAGAUGGUUUGAUGUUUCUUUUGCUGUGUCUUUGAGGAAUUUGGUGGUGGUUAAGUAUCUGAAUCAGAGAUUUUUUGGUAGUUUGGGUUUUUGUCUAGUACAAGGUAAAAAUUAGUGGAUUUAUCUGUUGUCUAGGCUCCUGUAGGGGUGUGAAUCAAAGUGUUAUGAUUUUCUAUAUAUUUCUGGCCUUUUUAUCAUCAAACUGUGACUUGACUUUUGGUUGACAUUAUUUUAUCAAAUUUUUUUAUUAGUCAUCAAGUAUAAUAUAAAAGUAUUCUCUGUAUGGAAGAUUCUUGUGGAAACUCAAAAUAUCUGUGGGCCUAUGUAAUUUUGGAACUAGAAGACGUUAUUUUUUUACUGAAUUUGCUUUUUAAGCCUAUAUGUUACACAUCUUUGGUCCAUUAACCUAUAUGCAAUAUCGAAAAUUUAUAAAAAAUCAUCCAUUUGCAGGAAAUGAAAUCGUAUCGAGAAGGCCCCAUUCCCAAAAUCUCACCACCUCAACCCGAGAAACCGCUGGAAUAUCAGCCGGUGAGCUCGACAUAUCAGCAACAAGUAGCGCAAUAUCAACAAAAUCAACAGCCAAUUCAAAUCCAAUACGUGGAUCAAGACGGAAAUAUUGUCAAAGUUGUGACCCAACCGGCUCAUAUGGCUCAAAACGACAGCCAAAAUUAUAUGGGUAUGAACAAUUCCUGCCAUAACCAGCAAAACGGGUCAUACCAUGGAUAAUAUAAUACAAUCUAGAAAUUUGAUCAUUCUUGAUGAUUGUUAUACAAUUUUGAUAAUGCCCUCCAGUUGUUGUCUAAUUCUGCUCGAAAUUUUCCUCCAGAAUCUCCGCAAUUCUUGAAUCUUUCACAAAUUUUCACGGAUAUUACACUUGAUGUCUUAUGAAUUGUUUCUUGAUUUUUGGCUUCGAUUAACCUAACGAUGUGAUAAACUAUAAAUUUUUAUGAUGUUUGGCGGAAUUUUUUAUUAUUUUUUUGUGUUGUCCUGAAAUUUAAUUAUUUUUUUUUUGGAAAUUUGAAAAUUUAUGCAGAUUUUUUCAACAACGCAAAAAAGCAAAAAUUUCGAAAGAUAAUUUAAAUUUCCAUCCAUUUUUCAGCUUUUUGGUGCUUCGGCCGGUAGUUUUCAUAUUUUUUCAUCGACGAAUUCAGUCACUUUUUUCUCAUUCUUCUUCCUGGGAUACCAUUUUGCGACUUUUUAUAUGGUAUGUUUUUCCCAAAACGAUAAAAUGCAUUGUAAUUGGACUUUCAAGUCGAUUUUUAGUAUAUGUUAAAAACACCUCCAAUUUUUGGUCAAAAAAUUUUUUUUAUUUAUUUUCCUCUUCAGAUCCCUCAACCUCAUCGAAAUUCUUGGCCAAGUCAUAUGCCGUGCUUCUACCCUCACGAGAUACGAAUCUUCAAUUCCAUUGUCUCUUCAACUUCUCUGCGACCAAUUGCUCAGAAUGUCAUCACUGUUCCGGUUGGAAUUUCGAUCGCAGAGCUCAAGGAGAAGAUUUAUCAAACACGACAACUCGAGGAAAUUGGUCGCUGUUUGAUUUUCAAUUGGGAAUUCGCUGAGUAUGUGGAUGUAGAUGACAGCAUGCUACUCAUGACGACCAACAAGGUCAUGUUUCACGCCAAGGAACAACGUAUGGUAAGUGAUUUGAACUUAUCAACUUUUUGGGAGAACAUUUGUCAUGGAUAAGAUAGUUAGAUGAUUUAUGAGUGUAAUCUUGAGAAAAAAUAUAAGCCCUUGUAGUUAUGGGUUCUUUGAAACGCACUGUUAACGAUGAUAAAUAUAAAUUAUUUUUUCAGGGUACCGCCUCUUUGGAAAUCGAUAGGAAACUGGACCUUGUUUUAGAUGAGCUGAACUCACUGAAAACCUCAAUUCCGUCGAAUGCUGCUCUGGAUCGGUAAGUAAUUUUUCUGGUUUUAAGCACAAACCUAUAAUCUUUCUUUCUGAUUAUCUUUCGUUCUCUGUCGCUGUCUAAAUUUUUCAAUACACCGGUUUUCCUCUAAGUCAUCGUUUUUAGUGUCUCUGCCGAAUUGAGUCGUCUGAAUCUCAAUCUAGAACAUCGCGAACCUCCUGCCAUUCCGCAUUUCGGCCAUUCGCCUCAUCUCGUUGCUCCACAGUCUACUCCAGUCCGUCAGGACUCCCCAACCACCUGGCAAACCUCUCUUACCGCUUCCAUCCCGAAUAGCCCAUGGUCUAAUUCAAGUGGUCCUGUUGGACCUUUUUACUUUUAG